AUGUAGGUCAUUUAAAUUAAUAUUUUUUUAAAGAUUUUCAAGUCUUAAGAAUGAAGGGCGUAAAAAACAAUACGAAGACCAAUAAGUAGAGUGCUAAUGAGAAGGUAAUAACUCAAUUGAUAAAUUAAUAGAGUAAGAUAUCAAAUAAAAUUGAAUAAAAAUUUCAUCAGCUCAAUGGUUAGCAAUUUGAAAAUUAGAAUGGACAUAGGUUAUACGAUGAUGAGUAGAAACCAGAAGUCGAUCCACAAUUAAAUAUUUCAUAAUAUGAUGAGGAGGUAUAGUAAUCUCCAAAAAAGAAAGUUAAAACUAUCCCUAUUGAAGAUUAUAUGAAUAAGCUUAGUUUAUUUACAUCUGAUAGUCAAGAAAAAUUUUAAGAAGAACCCUCAAAUGCUUAAUAAUAUGAAUAGAGUGAAGACUACUGUUGUAUUGUGCAAUAAUGGAGGGAUAAAGAAUGAAUUAUUAUUAAGUUUAAGUCAAGU